AAGAAGAAUCCCACUCAGCUUCACAACUACAGUUUUGCGUGAAGAAGAAACCAAAAAGACCAAAACCACUAGAAAUUUCUCUGCCCACAUGUUCUUCUUUCUUUCUUACCUUUUCCACAAUCAAUCCCAAAGUAAAACCAUUAAACCCCCCUAAUGAUCAUCAUUUGCCGUAUUAACUAUUACUUGGGCAAUAAGCUCCAGGUUUUGAAAAAUUGGAACUUUUUGGGUCAAAUUAAAUACUAAUAAUAGUCAAAUUAUAUACACCUCAACCCACCAUCACAGCCACCAUCCAUAUAUAAAUAAACCUCAUCACAAAUAUUGUAGAUUGCUUCAUUGAUCUGAGCUUGUUUUACUUAAAAUUAAUUUCUUUUUAUAUCAUUUCUGCUGUUGUCAUAUCACUUCAUUUACUGGGUUCCUUCUAGAAUUUUUGAAUGGAUGUGGUUUGUAAUGGUGGGUCUAAUUCUGUAGCGUUCUCGAAGUUGCCUGCUUCUGCUUCCCCUGCUCCUGCUGCUUCUGAUCAUAAGAAUCAAAGUAGUAGUAGUCUUCCAAACGGGGUUAUCAAUCAAGUGAGUAGUAAGAAGAAAUUGUCCAUGGGAUCAACCAAUGAUACUCCACAGCCCAAGAUUGUUCAUGGAGAAUUGGGUUAUGUUCUUGAAGAUGUUCCUCAUUUGACCGACUACAUUCCUAAUCUUCCUAAUUAUACCAAUCCCUUGCAAGAUAAUCCUGCUUAUGCAGCUGUCAGGCAAUACUUUGUUGAUGACGAUGACACCGUUCCACUGAAGGUUGUUGUUCAUGCAAAUGGUCCGAGAGGAAUACAUUUCCGGCGAGCAGGUCCCCGUCAGAAGGUCUAUUUCCAAUCUGAUGAGGUUAAUGCAUGUAUUGUCACAUGUGGAGGUUUAUGCCCUGGACUGAAUACAGUGAUCAGAGAGAUAGUUUGCGGCUUAAAUUAUAUGUAUGGUGUAAAAAGCGUUUUAGGAAUAGAUGGAGGAUACCGUGGGUUCUAUUCUCGCAAUACAAUAUCUUUGACACCUAAGGUUGUAAAUGAUAUUCACAAACGUGGAGGGACCAUACUUGGAACAUCACGUGGUGGUUAUGAGUUGAAAAAAAUAGUGGACAGUAUUCAGGACCGUGGAAUUAAUCAGGUUUAUAUCAUUGGUGGAGAUGGAACACAAAAAGGUGCUGCGGUUAUUUAUGAGGAAGUCAGAAGACGCGGUCUUAAAGCUACCGUUGUUGGUGUGCCAAAAACCAUCGAUAAUGACAUUCCAGUCAUCGAUAGAUCUUUUGGCUUUGAUACUGCUGUUGAAGAAGCUCAGCGUGCUAUUAAUGCUGCACAUGUUGAAGCAACAAGUAUUGAGAAUGGUAUUGGUCUGGUCAAGUUGAUGGGAAGAAAUAGUGGGUUUAUAGCCAUGCAUGCUACACUCGCAAGCAGAGAUGUCGAUUGCUGCUUAAUCCCCGAAUCACCAUUCUAUCUUGAAGGUCCAGGGGGACUUUAUGAAUAUAUUGAAAAACGAUUAAAAGAACAAGGGCACAUGGUAAUUGUGAUAGCAGAAGGUGCCGGGCAGGAGAUCCUCUCUCAGAGAUUGCAAUCUAUUGAUCAGAAGGAUGCUUCCGGAAAUAAGGUUUUUCAUGAUGUUGGGCUGUGGAUAUCUCAAAGCAUCAAGGAUUACUUUGGAAAGGAACAGAGGAUGGCUAUCAACCUCAAGUACAUUGAUCCGACGUACAUGAUCCGAGCUAUUCCCAGCAAUGCAGCAGAUAAUGUUCAAUGCACCCUUCUUGCCCAGUGUGCUGUUCAUGGAGCCAUGGCAGGGUACACAGGUCAUACAGUGGGGCUGGUGAAUACCAGGCACUGUUACAUUCCUUUCAAUGUAAGCUAUACAGUUACAUAAGAUCAGUCUGCCUUAGCCUGUUUCAGGAUUUGUUACAUGUUCAUAUGUUUGAUGAUUGUAGCAUUCUUGGAGAGUUGCUCAACAUUUUUAGGUCAUUACUUCUUUCUAACCACUGACAGCUGACGCUUUGAUUAACAAUCUGCAGAGAAUAAUCGAGAAACAGAACCAGGUGGUAAUAACAGAUAGAAUGUGGGCAAGACUUCUUUCUUCGACAAAUCAGCCUAGCUUCCUUGAGAAACCUUCAAAGGACGCCGAGAAGGAAGGAUAGGACACAUCUACAUACCAAGAUAGGAUGUUCAUCACUAACAAGAAAGACCUAUGCUGUUAAGCUUUCGUUGGGUUUGCUGUUACUACACAUAAAUAGUUUGUCCAUGCAUGAAGAAGGCCAUAUUUCUUUUCUGCACUUUCUCAUCUUAGCUACUACUCCCUCCGUCCCAUAAUUAUUGUCCAGUUUGAGUUUUCAUUUUUAGUUCAAAUUGUACUGAAAGUGAAAUCUCAAACUGGACAAUAAUUAUGAGACAGAGGGAGAAGUAGAGUUCUACAUGUAAUGUAAAAAAAUAAAUUAGAGUGUGAGUGUGACACUGUUGAGAUCUUCCUGAUGAGGGUGAGCUCUGUUAAAAGUGUAAUUUUGCGGCAUAGCUAUUAUAAAUUAAAUUUGGCCAUAAACGAUCUUUUUAAGUGCAUAUUUUCGCUUUUUCAAAUAAUAAUAUAUUUCAGUUCCCACUUUUAACUCCAAAGUCCAAACGAUACUAUUAGAUUUUUGACGAUCGAA